AUGUAUACUUGGUGUAUACUGAGCAUAAACCGAUCCGCUAGGGCAUACGUUGCAUUUGUACGUACUAUUCGGAAUUUCAAGGAUUUGCCUCGUAAGAAAUAUUGUACAGUUUUAAUUGACAAAAUGGUUUCGCGUUAUUUGUUAGAAGAUGGUAGCGAUGAAGAAGCUACUCGUGAAUCUCCAGAAGGUAGUAUUAAUGAAGAAGCUACUCGUGAAUCUUCAGAAGGUUGUAGUACGGAAGAAGCUACUCUUGAAUUUAAUGAAGAUUCUAAAUCUCGUGAAGAAAAACCUAAUCUUUUUCAACAUGAUAAUAAAAGUAAUGAAGAAGAAAUUCAGAACUCAGGAGAAGUGACUUCUAGUGAAGAAACUCAUCCUGAACAUCCACCUCAAAGUGCCAGAAUUUCCAACCGUCGAGAAUCACGCUCUAGGCUUGAGAACAUUGCUGGACCCUCCAAUCGCAGAGAUACUGUGGAUUCAGUAACAGGGAGUUCUGAUCAAGAAGAAAUCAAGGUUCCUAACACUCCAGAAAGCAUAAUCAAUGGGCACGCACAUACUAAUGGUAAUUCUGAUGACUGUAAAGAUUCAGUUAGUUUAUUCUCUAAUCAAUUACACUCUAAGCUUGAAGACCUUAAAUCUACUAGUACAAAUGAAAAUAGUCAGGACUCACAUGCUGGUCCUUCCACUAGGAAUGAUAAUCAAGACUCAUCUGAAGACUUGCUUUGUGAUGAAUCCAUUAGUUCAUUCUCUCAAGCAACUAGUAAUGACAGUCUAGAAAAAAGUGAUCAAGAAUCUCUUCUUGAACAACCACUUCAUACUAAGAGAAGAAAUGAUAUAAUCAAUGCCGCUGAAGAUGAUAAUGCCGUUCAAGGAAGUUGGAAUGAAAGAGCUUCAAGAGAACGUGAUGAUAAUAGAGAUCGACCAGAAACUCUUCAGGUCGUUGAAGCUCCUCUUCUAAUAAAGUACGAUUCACACCCUGCAACAAAAAUUGAAUCAUUCCCUAAUAAUGACGAUCCCAAUCUCAGAAAUUUUGUUAAUUUUACAAGACAUGUCGGAAAAUCUAACAACUAUGAUAUUAUUAGUAUUUUGGUAAAUCCUGAGCACGCUCCGACUUCUAAAAUUUUAACGUUUGAUAAUAUUGAACACUACAGUAGCUCUCAUGACAACGUUUCUGAUCCCUCCGAUCAAAAUGAUAGUGAUUUUAUUGAUAAUCAAGAGAGCAAUAGUGAGAUGAUCAAUGUCGCUCAAGAUGAUAACGAUAGUACUAGUGAAGAAAAUUGGGAUGAAACAGCUACUACAAGAAAACGUGAUAACGAUAAUAGUGAUCAUCAACGAGAAAAUCUUAAAGACAAUGAAUCUUUUGUCCCACGUGCGCAAUUAUCACUUAUUCGUAAACGUAAAAUAGGUGAUAAUUCUGGAUUACGUUCUGAACCUGACAAAGUUACUGGUCCCUCUGGUCACGGUGAUUAUGAUAAUAUUAAUUUUCAAAAAAGUAGUAAUGCAAUGAUUAAUUCCCCUCAAGAAGAUGAUGAUGUCGGUGAAGAAAAUAUUGAUGAAAGAGCUACUAUAAGAGAAAGCGAUACUGAUGAUAAUAGUAAUCGACUAUCAACUUCUGAGAGCUCUGACAGUCCUUAUCCAUUAUCACCUCGUAAACGUAGAACACUUGAUAAUAGUAGAUUACAUUUUACACCUGGCAACGUUCCUGGUCCCUCUGAUUCCAGUGAUCAUGAUUAUAUUAAUUUUCAACAAAGUAGUGAUGAGAUGAUUGAUGUCGGUCAAGAAAAUAUGGAUGAAAGAGCUAUUAUGACAAAACGUGAUACUGAUGAUAGUGAUCGACCAGGAACUUCUGAGGAUCUUCAAUCUGAUGUUUAA